AUGGUACAGAGUACUACGAAGCCCAAGAGGGAGGUCAAGUACAUCGAUACUGUCGAUGCAUAUAACCAAUGGGCAGAGGUAUGCGUAUCCUCAACAUCUACACGACGGAAAAAAGCGGACAAGCUAACUUGUUCGCAGGUUUACGACACGGACGAAAACUUCCUCCAGGCACUUGAUACUCUGGAGAUGAAGACCCUGCUGCCGAUAUUUCUAUCUCUGAGCAAGCCGCAAAGCGAGAAAGCAAAGUAUGUCGACCUUGGCUGCGGAACAGGGAGAAAUACGCUACCUCUUGCUCAACAUGCAGCAGAGGCAUCUGUUGUCGGCAUGGAUCCAUCGGAGAAGAUGCUUGAGCUUGCGCGUAAGCGUACCGCAGAAGUCGGGAAUGUGAAGCUGGAAUUAUAUGAUAUGCUUGCAUCUACCGGUCCGCUCGCAAGCGCACUGGAGGCCGACGGAAUCAUCUCGACGCUGGUGGUGGAACAUGUACCGAUAAAGGACUUCUUCAACGCAGUGACGAGCAUGUUAAAACCCGGCGGCAUUCUGUUAGUGACAAAUAUGCAUUCUGAGAUGGGCGGCAUCAGUCAGGCCGGUUUUGUCGAUCCACAGACCGGGGUGAAGAUCAGCGGCACAAGCUAUGCGCAUAGUGCAGAGGAGGUUAUCGCAGAGGCUGCUCAGUUUGGGCUGGAGCUGGUAGGAGAGAUGAAGGAGGUAAUGGUGGACGAGAAACUUGCUCCGCGACUGGGACCGCGGGCUUCAAAGUGGAUUGGGAUCCGGGUGUGGUUUGGAGGUUGUUUCCGGAGAAAGUGA